AUGGCACGCGACAGUUUAUCAUUACAGGUAUCUGUAUUGUCUGAACAAGUCGGGGCGCAGAAGGAAAAGAUUCGAGAUUUAGAGAAUAUGUUGGCUUCUAAGAAGAAAAAGAUUGGCUCUGAAGGAAUACUUAACGAGUUAAUUGAGAAUGGUGACGAUUGUGAUAGCGCAAAGCUUGAUUUAAAAGCUGAAGUAACUAAGUUAAAACUGAAAUGUGCGCAGUUAGAACGAGAUAAAUUUGAGACAGAGAAAAAAUUGCGGACUUCACAGGUGAGUUUUAAUAAUUGUUAUAUCAUGACCGUAGGAAUGAAAUUUUCGGAAAUCGAGCAUCUGAGUCAGUGUAUGCAGGAAUUCCUGAUGCAGCGUAGUGUUUUCCCGCAACAGGCCACAUCUUCGGCUGUACAUUCACCAAAUCAGUGUUCAGCAGCAUUACAGCAUAAUUAUUACAACGAAUCAAACCAAAGCAAUACUGAUCCGGCAGUAGAAAUGGAACAGUUGCGAUUAGCUGUACAAAAAUUAAUUGUGGAUAAUGAACAAAAGAAUAUUCAAAUAAACUCACUAAGAAAUGCCCUUGAUGAACAUUGUUGUGCAACGGGGUCAAACCGUUUAUAUGAUGGCUCAACGCAGCAGAUAUCUGCUGAUACGAUGACUAACUCACCAAGAUUUUAUAACGAACAAGUGGCUCCACCUUUUGAUAUUAAUGAACAGCUAAGGAAAUUGCUCACGGAAGAUAAUGGAGACUCACCUUCACAGUCGACAUCAGUGCGUGGAUAUUACCCUGUCAGCCAAACAUAUGUUAGAAACGCACAGCCAUCAUCCUCUUAUGCAACAUCUAUGCGAGGUAAUUCGCCACAACAAAACUGGGCCAACUGUGGUGUACGAAACCAUUCCCAUAGCAAGCUAUCGAUGCAUAGCACUGCUUGUCUACCAAUCCCAUCUAGCUCCUCAGGACUCUUUUCAUCACCAAAUUAUCGCGGUCCGUCAUCGCCAGCCGCAGCUAGACAAUUAGCAGCCGAGCUUGAUGAACUUCGCCGAAUUAAUGAUGAAGUACAGCAGAAUUCCUGUUAUAAUUCUAACAGCCUAUUACGAUCGCAGAGCUUUGCUAAAUCUUCAUCAACUUUUGCAUUACAACCGAAGAAGCAAUCCGUGGCAUCGUCGGGCGGUGUAUCGGGUGAGUAUACAUUGAUAGGUGUACCAAGUAAAGGAAGCCUUAGCGUCACAUCACAGUUAUCAUACCGUCAACAAGUGAAUAGAUGGCUUCAGAAUAAAUUUUGGCACUCACGAUUCAAUAAGCGCACAACAUCGACACCCAACUUAGGUUUAAGGCGUACUAAAAUUUUUGUGCUUUCGAGAAAUGCGCUAAUUGCUUAUAUGAUUAACGCAUGGCAAAAUGUUAAAGGGAAUUGGCUAAAAAGAAUUGUUCAACUUCUGUUGGGCAGUUCAAACGUGGUUAGCGAUGAUGAGGUUAUGAGGGGAAGGAAGGGACGUGAAACUAAAGAGAAUGGAAAGUUCAAGAGGGAUCGUACCAGUUGGUUAAGGUCAUCUCUGAGAAACCUGUUUGGGAAGAUAACAAGGAGUACAUCAAGGGAAAGUUCACUGCAAGAUUCUGACCGGGAUCACGUGCCACGACCUCUCCCAUCUGCCCGUUAUCCAUCUGCUGGACCAGUAUCAGGAGCUAUUGCUCAGCGGCCUCCUGCUAAUCAGUUUGCUGAAUGGAAUAAUGAGCAGAUAUGCGAGUGGAUGGCAGAGAUUGGAUUUAGCGUAUAUGUUCCUCAGGUUGAAGAGUUUGUGAAAAACGGCACUCAUUUAUUGAACAUGACCGAUCAGGAGUUUGAAAAGGACUUGGGCAUUAAAAAUUCUUUACACCGCAAAAGGUUACGCUGUAUUUUAAACACGAUUGCGUGCGAAAAACCAGAUAUUUCAGAAAGGAUGGAUGUUCAUCAAGUUUUGAGAUGGCUGGAUGAAAUAGGAUUACCGCAAUAUCGAGAAACUUUUGCAGAAAACAUGAUUGAUGGGCAGAUGCUAAGUGUUUUAACCGCUCAGGAUCUUGUAGACAUGAAAAUUUUUUCUGCAUUACAUCAUGCCAGUAUACGUCGUGGGAUUCAGUAUCUUCAUUCAGUUGAUUUUUGUCUGUAUCGUUUGGAAAAACGGUUUAAUCCUAAUUUAAUUGGAAGUAGACCAUGCCCUGCUGAUGUUGAAGGGUGGUCACAUUUGUGCACGUGCCAGUGGCUUAAAACAAUAGAUUUAGCUGAAUUUACACCGAACUUACUUUGCGCAGGUGUAAACGGUGCAUUAAUGGUUCAUGAACCAACGUUUACUGCUGAAUCGUUGGCGGAAGUUCUACAAAUUCCAAUGCAUAAAACAUUACUAAGGCGGCAUCUGACCACUCAUUUCAAUCAGUUACUUGGACAAGAAAUUAUCAGCCAUAAACGUGAAGUUUUAUCGCAACCUUUUCAAGUGCAGUUGACACCGCAUUUAAAAGUAAAGUUUCUUAGGAAAGGGUUCUCUUUAUCGCGUAAGAGAGGAAAGAAUGAGGUAUAUGUUGAGCCAGACGAACCACUAUGUCCCCCUCUAGGAUUCAAGUCUCGGGUUAGUCAUUGA